AGGAAGUGAGCGGCCAGUUCCGGUCUGGCUGUGUGCCAGACAGCAGGGGCGCAAUGGGCAGAGAGCGGGGUCGGGCUGGCACAGCUGAGCCGCAGCCGCCCCGCCCGUGACCCCGCCUGGGAACGUGCGCGCAGCGACUCCGGACGCGGGGCCGGCGCCUGGGGGCCGACUGGAGGUGGGCGAGGGACUUCCCGGGCUGAGCGUGCGUGUACUGUGACUGCCCUCGGGGUUAUCCUGGGGCAGGUCUGUUUACCUGCUUUGGUGCCUCCCCUGCGGCCCCUUGGCGUGUGCCCUGGUCCCUGAGACUUUCUCUCGAGGAGCGAGAAACCCCCUCUUGGCUGCCUGACCCGUCGGGCCCGGGGUUUUUAGUGAAACGAAGCCUGAGGAAGGGGUCGAGGAAGCCCCUGUAUUGCUGCAGAAAGGCCCUGGUGUGAUCUGUCUGCACAAAUGCCCGGAGGGGAGCUGCCAGCAGCAUUGAGCUAUUCACCAGGGGCAUCUUGAUGGCGCGGGGGGUCUGCUGAUGAUCUUCAGUAAAUUUUCAAGACAAAACAGUGUUUCCAUUUUUCCCCAGCUGAACAAUAUGGGUAUCUAUUUGAUGGCUUGCUUAGCACCCAUAAAUUCCUGUGGUUGCUACCUACAAGAUGUGUAACUUAGUGGGUAAAGUAUCAGCUUUAUAUUUCAAAGCAGACAAUCUGCCAAGUUUCUUGCCUGAACUGUGGAUUUAAAACCAACUUCAAAUUACUGGAGAAUUUCAAGUAGUCUUAAGUGACAGAAGAAGCACAUCUUCACAAUAAUGGAAGAGGCCAAAAGCUCAAAGAAUGGAAAUCAUGAUCCGAGGAAGUCUGCCCGUGUUGUCUAUGAGGAAGGCAAAACAGUCAGAGUUACAAUCAGUCAGAAUUACAAACAUAACAGAAAUGAUAAAUCUGUGAAAGACGUGGGGAGAAGUUCUCCAAGUGGGAACAGUAGCAAAAAGAAUAAGCAAAAUGAUGUCUAUUCUGAAAAACCCGGGGAUAAUAAAUCAUGUAAGGUAAAUAGUUGUAGUCCUGGAACUAAAGAAGCGGUGUCAAUCCUUCAGGAUCGAAGUCACGGAAAAGCAAAAAAAGUACCUAAUUUGCCAGCAGCAGUAGAAAACCUAAAACAGGUAAAAGCUCAGCAAGUGGGAGAAAACUUUCCAAGCUCUCCUAUUUCUGGGAACGGAGUCGGUAUGGAAACCUCGGCAGUCUCCCAGAGAGGGAAAUCAGCACUGGAAUAUCCACCAGGGACUCUCCUGUUGAAAACACACACCGAUCAGACUGGUGACCCUGGUAAGACUGUUUCAGAUCAAAGAACAGUGGAGCAUAAGUCUGAUGAUUUCAGUAAAAUAAAGAAUCCUGAAUCAACUAAGGAACAUAAUUUGGAGACUGAUUAUUUAGAAAACACUGCUGUGAUUGAUGAAUCUUCUUUGACAGCAGAGCAGCAGCUCGGCCUGAAACAAGCAGAAGAACGACUGGAAAGAGAUUAUAUCUCCCGCCUCGAAAAACGUUCCCCAGAAUACACCAAUUGCCAGUAUCUAUGCAAGCUUUGCUUAGUUCACAUUGAAAAUAUCCAAGGAGCUCAUAAACAUAUUAAAGAAAAACGCCAUAAGAAAAAUAUCAUGGAAAAACAGGAAGAAAAUGAGCUGCGUGCCCUCCCACCUCCUUCCACUGCACAGUUGAAUGCUUUAAGUUUUACACUCAUUGAAGCAGCAAAUGAACAAGGCAUAUCAGAUGAUGACUUCAGAAUCCGCCAGGAAAUUGUAAAUGAGAUGGAGAAGAUUAUUCAGCAGCCCUUACCAGAUUGUUCACUGCGGAUGUAUGGCUCCUGCCUGACUGGAUUUGCUUUUAAAACUAGUGAUAUUAAUAUUGACAUAAAAUUCCCCCCCAGGAUGAGCCACCCAGAUGUUCUGAUACAGGUGCUUGACAUUUUAAAAAAUAGUGCUAUUUACUCAGAUGUGGAGUCAGAUUUCCAUGCCAAAGUUCCUGUUGUUUUUUGCAAAGAUGUUAAAAGUGGUUUAACUUGUAAAGUGAGUGCUAGAAAUGAUGUGGCCUGUCUUACAACUGACUUGUUGGCUGCCCUUGGCAAACUGGAGCCUGUCCUUGUUCCCCUGGUACUGGCUUUCCGCUACUGGGCUAGAUUGUGCCAUAUUGACUGCCAGGCAGAAGGUGGGAUCCCCUCGUAUUCCUUUGCCCUAAUGGUGAUAUUUUUUCUUCAACAAAGAAAACCACCUAUCUUACCAUCCUAUUUAGGCGCUUGGAUUGAAGGCUUUGAUUCAAAGAGGCCAGAUGAUCACCAGUUGAAAGUUAUAGAAGAGAAGUUUGUAGGAUGGGAAUACAAACCACCAAAUAAUGGAGCAGGGAAAAACUCAAAUGGUGUUGAAGGCAAGACUAAAGCUGAGCAGCAAAAAGGUGGCAGCAAGAAGGCUUCAGGCUCAGAAGCAGAUAACCAAAGUAAUGCUAAGGAGAAGCACGGAAAAUCUCCCUUAGUAUUUGAAACACCCCACCAGGUGUCCCUGGGGCAACUGUGGUUAGAACUGUUGAAGUUUUACACACUGGAAUUUGCUUUGGAAGAAUAUGUCAUCAGUAUACGGGUACAAGAACUCUUAACCAGAGAGAACAAGAACUGGCCUAAAAGGCGAAUAGCCAUUGAAGAUCCUUUUGCACUAAAGAGAAAUGUUGCACGAAGCCUAAAUAGCCAGAUGGUGUUUGAGUACAUCCUGGAGCGAUUCCGGACAGCAUAUAAAUAUUUUGCAUGUCCACAAAGUAAAGAUGGGACUAAAUCCAAACCAGAUACCAAGAAGAAAGAAAAGGGAAAAAUUAGCAACAAGAAAUCUACAAAAUCUGGAGACACUGUAGCCAAUUGUUGCCUUCCUCAGGCGGAUAAAGUUGGAGAAAAACAGAACACAGGAAGUGGAUGUAACAUGCAGGAGAGUGAAGUUGAAUGUAAUGAAAAGGAAUCCGUUUCCAAGAAAUGUAUUCCGAAGAACAAAGACAAUGUAUUGGCAAAUAAAACAGAUGCGUUAGGCUCUAAUUAUGAAGAAGACAGAGGGGAAACUGUAUCCCUUAUUCCUAGUGAACGCUGUGAAUUAAAGCAAAAAUUACUCAAAGAGCAAGAUGAUCUAGAGACUUCACAAAUUUGUGUCAAUGAAGAUGAGUUAAGACACCGUUGUCAUUGCAGUGAACAUCAGUCGUAUGACUCAAAUUCUAUUAAUGAAUUUUCUGAUGCUGAAAGUCAACAGAAUUCAGUAACAGAACGUUCACAGAAGAAUACGUGCGCUAGCACUAGCACGGCAGCUACCUCGCUCAACUGCAAAGCAAUGGUAGAAGUUUGUGACCUUAAGGAUGAAGACAGACUCUGCACAGAAGAAAUGCAUUAUGUGUUUGAUAAGUUUAUUUUGACUUCUGGAAAGCCUCCAACUAUAGUAUGCAGCAUCUGCAAACGGGAUGGCCAUUCCAAAAAUGACUGCCCAGAGGAUUUUAAGAAAAUUGAUCUAAAACCACUACCACCAAUGACAGAGAGAUUUCGGGAAAUACUUGAUCUAGUGUGCAAGAGAUGCUUUGAUGAAUUAUCACCUCCUUUAUCUGAGCAACAAAACAGAGAACAAAUUCUGGCAAGUUUGGAAAGAUUUAUUCGAAAGGAAUAUAAUGACAAGGCUAGACUUUGCUUAUUUGGCUCUUCAAAAAAUGGAUUUGGAUUCCGGGACAGUGACCUGGAUAUCUGCAUGACUUUGGAAGGCCAUGAAAAUGCAGAGAAACUAAAUUGUAAAGAAAUUAUUGAAGGUUUGGCAAAAAUCCUUAAGAAGCAUCCAGGUUUAAGAAACAUCUUGCCUAUAACAACAGCCAAAGUGCCUAUAGUAAAAUUUGAACACCGACGGAGCGGCUUAGAGGGAGACAUCAGUUUAUACAAUACACUGGCACAGCACAACACAAGAAUGCUGGCUACAUACGCAGCUAUUGAUCCUAGAGUACAAUACUUGGGUUAUACAAUGAAAGUUUUUGCUAAGCGCUGUGACAUCGGAGAUGCGUCGAGGGGAAGUUUGUCUUCAUAUGCCUAUAUUCUUAUGGUGUUGUACUUUCUACAACAAAGAAACCCACCAGUUAUCCCAGUUCUUCAGGAGAUAUUUGAUGGAAAACAGAUUCCACAGAGAAUGGUUGAUGGGUGGAAUGCCUUUUUUUUUGAUGACAUGGAAGAACUGAAAAAGCGUUUGCCUUCUCUUGGAAAGAACACUGAAUCACUAGGAGAACUCUGGUUAGGGUUGCUGCGAUUCUACACUGAAGAAUUUGACUUCAAGGAAUAUGUGAUCAGCAUUCGGCAGAAGAAACUAUUAACCACCUUUGAGAAACAGUGGACCUCCAAAUGCAUUGCCAUUGAAGAUCCUUUUGACUUGAAUCAUAAUCUUGGCGCUGGAGUCUCCAGAAAAAUGACCAAUUUCAUAAUGAAGGCAUUUAUCAAUGGGCGAAAACUGUUUGGUACCCCAUUUUAUCCAGCAGUGGGAAGAGAAGCUGAAUACUUCUUUGACUCCAAAGUGUUGACAGAUGGGGAGCUGGCACCUAAUGAUAGAUGCUGCCGUGUCUGUGGAAAAAUUGGUCACUACAUGAAAGACUGCCCAAAAAGGAGGAGGCUGAAGAAAAAGGAGAAUGAGAAAGAUGAUGAAAAAGAAGUGAAAGAAGAUGAUAGGGAAAUGAGAGAGAAGAGAUGUUUCAUCUGUGGGGAUGUGGGACAUGUUAGAAGAGAUUGUCCUGAAUUUAAACAAACUCGACAGAGAAAUAACAGCGUACCAGGUGCUCAGUUGGUCCGAAGCCUGGUGAAUCCACAGCUCGUGGCUGGGUCGGUUCAACAAGUGGAACGACCAUUACGCACUAGACAACCAUCAGAAUGUUCUGAUUCGCAUCAGUCAUCUUACUCUCCACAGCCUCAGCAAUUUACACAGACUUCCUCUCAGCCAGCCUCCAUUAACCAGACUCAACCACAGGCAAUAUCCCAGUCUAAGCACGUUCCGCAGCCACAGCAGGGCGCACAGCCACCCCAUCAGGUCCAGCUGCCUUUGUUUAACUUUCCCCAAUCUCCCCCAGGUCAGUAUUCUACCUUGCAUAACCUGGGACUGCUUCAGAUGCACCACCACCACCACCACCACCAAAUUCAGCUCCCCAACACUUCAUGGCCUAUUCACGGGCCCGUUAUUCACUCUGCACCAGGUAACCCUCCUCAUUCUGCAAAUGUUCCAUUUUCUGUGAGGUCUGGCAGCGGCAACACCACAAAUAACCAGAGCAGUGUAAGCUUGAAUGAUCCCAGUAUCAUCUUUGCACAGCCUGCUGCCAGGCCCAUGGGAAUCCCCAGCACUUCUCAUGAGGGACACUGGCACAACCCUGUGACUCCAAACUCUCUGGUGAACAAUGGCACUGUGGGGAAUUCAGAUCAGGGUUUCCAAGGACAGUUUGGUAAAAUGAACCCUCCUUCUGUCCCUUGGGACCAUGGGACCCCUACCCAUUUUCCUCUCCUCCGAGGAGCGUGGCCUUACAAUAUGCCUCAGAACUACAUGCAGCAGGGAAAUGCCAGCUAUCCACCGAACAAACCUUUCUACCCUCAAGCUGGUCCACUGAUGCAGAGUAACCAGCGGUUCUCGCUUCUGUCUCAAGGACACCCACACUUGAAUAUGAAUUACAUUCAACAGAAAAAGUGAAAUUUAAUGGGAGGGGGGAGAAAAAUCAGGUUCUGAUUUUAAAAUCUUACCACAUGCAACAUGUUUAGAUAAAAGAUUAUUUAAGACUGUUUUUAAACUGUAUCAUUUGUACAUAGAUAUGAUCUAUAGUUUUUACUAGUAUCACAAAACUGAGUGAUACAAAUUUCAUCUAUUUUAUUACCCUAUUUUUAAGGGGAAUUGUGUUUUUGUUUUAUCUUGAUAAACUGUAAAGAGAGAGAAUUUUUAAAAUUAAGUUCUUUAUUUUCUAUUAGCUGUAUUCAUACUUUGGUUGCUUCAGACUUUAUAUAUAUUGUUCUAAAAAAAUAAAAUUAGAAAGGGAUUUCAUGUGUUUUAAAAUUUGUCACUUCUAUUCUUUGCAGAACUAUGUAGUGCCAAAAAAACUUUUUAAAACAAAAAAUAAAACAAAACUGCGCAACACAAGAAUGAAGAUUUU